AUGGGUGAAAACUUUCCAUCGGAGUCCAAAAAGUUCAAUACUGGGCUUACGGAAUUUUCUGUGUCACACACUGAGAAAACGGGUCCUUAUGCAGACAAUCUCGAUGUUGACGCGAUUGUCGUUGGAGCAGGCUUCGCCGGUAUAUUCAUGCUCAAGACACUGCGUGAUCGCGGUUUAAAGACGUACAUCUUUGAAGCUGGUAAUGACACUGGUGGUACGUGGCGCUGGAAUUGCUACCCAGGCGCCGGUGUCGACUCUGAGGUGCCCGAGUACGAAUAUUCCUGGCCUGAAGUAUGGAAGACCUGGAAUUGGCCGAGCAACUAUCCCAAUUACGAGGAUCUACGAGCAUACUUUGAUCAUGUUGACAAGGUGAUCGGGGUGAAGAAAGAUUGCGCUUUCAAUACAGUUGUCGUUGGAGCUCACUUCGACGAAGCUGAAGGGAAAUGGAACAUACGUACCGCAGAUGGUCGCUCAUCAAAGGCCAAGUAUCUUGUGCUGGGAACUGGAUUUUCUGCGAAGAGAUAUAUCCCCCAAUGGCCUGGAAUGACUAAAUUCAAGGGCGCGAUUCAUCAUUCUUCGUUUUGGCCUGACGAAAAAAUAGAUGUCAGCGGCAAAAAGUGCGCCAUCAUCGGUACAGGAGCAUCCGGUGUGCAGAUGACCCAGGCAUGGGGUCCGGAAGCUGGAGAAGUAAAGGUUUUCCAACGCACUCCUAAUCUUGCUAUCCCGAUGCGUAAGCGAGAUCUUACCGUGGAUGAGCAAGAAAAAGCCAAGAGAUAUUACCCAGAGUUGUUCAAGUAUCGCGAAACGACUUUCGGGGGCCUCAUGUAUGAUUGGGCCGAGAAGAACACAUUCGAUGAUACUCCGGAAGAGCGCGAAGCAUUUUACGAGAAAACCUGGAAAGAUGGCGGAUUCCGAUACUGGGUCGCCAUCUACAAAGACAAUUUCCUCAACGCUGAGGCAAACAAGGAGUCAUACAAGUUUUGGGCAAAGAAAACUCGAGCUCGAAUUGAAGACCCGAAAAAGCGCGAUCUUCUCGCUCCACUUGACAUGCCGCACUAUUUCGGAGUUAAGCGACCAUGUCUUGAGCAUACCUACUAUGAACAGUUUAACAGACAAAACGUUGAUGUAGUAGACAUCAGCAAGAAUGGUAUCAAGGACAUUGACGAAACAGGGAUCGUUCUUGAAGAUGGAACGCAUCAUGAUUUUGACGUUAUUGCAGUGGCAACUGGCUUUGAUGUUGUGACCGGAGUCAUGACUCAACUAGGACUUGAAAGUGUAUCCAAGACCAAGCUUGAAGAAGAGUGGCUUACCGGCGCUCAAACAUACUUGGGUCUCACCGUCAGCGGAUAUCCCAACAUGUUCCACAUCUUCGGACCCCAAGGACCGACACUCUUUUGCAACGGUCCAACCGCUGUAGAGGUGCAGGGCCGAUGGAUUGCUGACUGCAUCCAAAAGAUGGAGAAGAAUAACAUCAAGUACAUAAACCCGAAGCGCGAGUCAUCUGACGCUUGGAAGAAAGACAUUAUCGAUAUCAACAACACGACGCUAUUUCCAACGACGAGAUCAACUUAUAUGGGUGGAAGCAUUCCUGGCAAGGCAUAUGAGCCCAUGUGUUUUCCAGCUGGAGUACAUACGUAUGCGAAGUUGAUUCGCAAGGCGCUUGACGAUAUGUCAGGCUUUGACGUGGUCUCUAACUGA